CGAUGAACAGUCGCUUGGAAGCUUGUGACAUUAUGCGGGUUUCGGCUCGAAAUCGCAAUUCCAUUGUCAAAUGAUAACCGGUAGCUUUAGUUCGAUUCGAAGCAGGGAAUACGGCUGGCUGUAUCGGGUGCUCUGAUAAGAGGUUAGACACAAGGCAAACAUGGCAAGGCAAUGCUCGUAGACCGACCCCUCAUUUCCCAUCUAUCUCAUCGCCAUCACUUCAGCAUCAGCACCAGACCCGACACCAAUCAGUGAUAGUUCUACGAGCAAGUCUCCCCUCUUAGAUUCUAUAGUUCUUCAUCCGAAAUGAUGACGAAGAACGAUUACGAGACCUUCAAGCUGGGAGAUUGGGAGCUUCAGAGCGGGGAGAAGCUGGUCGACGCCCACAUCGCAUUCAAGACGUUUGGAGAUCCCAAGUCGCCCGCCAUUGUUUACCCCUCCUGGUUCUCAGGCCAGAUCUCCGACAAUCUCUGGUUAGUCGGAGAGGACAAGACCCUUAACCCCAAUGAAUACUACAUAAUCAUCCCCGCACUCUUUGGGAACGGCCAGUCAACAUCACCAUCCAAUUAUCCCAUUCAAGGGCCCUUCCCAAAAUGCUCCAUCUACGACAACGUUCGCGCUCAGCACAUGCUAGUGACUCAGCAUCUAGGCAUCCCUCAUUUACGUGCAGUGCUUGGAUGGUCAAUGGGAGCCGCGCAAAGCUUCCAGUGGGCGACACAGUAUCCCGAGUUUAUGGAUUUAGUGGUGCCAUUUUGCGGUUCAGCCAGGACGUCGCUCCAUAACCAGGUAUUCCUUGAGGGCGUGAAAAGUGCACUACUCGCAGCGAAGCACAUUUCUUCAGCAGGGUCUGGAAAUGCCGGUGUUCUCGAAGCCGGUCAGUCUGAUAGAACAUGGAGCGAGAGAGAGAAACAAAUCGGGCUGAAGGCUUUUGGUAGGGGCUAUGCUGGCUGGGGAUUUUCACAAGCAUUCUACCGGGAAAAGCUAUAUGAAAGCGUCCUCGGAUACAAAGAUCUAGAGGAUUUCAUGGUGAGCUUCUGGGAGAGCUGGGCGCUCUCGAAAGACCCAGCCAAUCUCCUGACAAUGCUGCAAACAUGGCAGAAUGGAAAUGUGGCAGAUCAAGAGCCAUACAACGGGGAUUUCGAGCAGGCCAUGGCUUCUAUCAGAGCAAAAGUCUUGGUCUUGCCUGGAAGGACCGACCUAUACUUCCCGCCCGAGGAUUCGGAGUAUGAGGUUGCCUGUAUGGCAGCGGGACUUGGUGCUCUCGACAUUUUUCCCUCGAUUUGGGGUCAUUGGGCUGGUGGUCCGGGAUUGAGUAAGGAUGAUCUCGGCUGGUUGGACAAGAAGUUGAAUGAAUUUUUUCACGGGGAAACCUCUUCUGUCAGAGAAAAAUUGGGGGAGAAGCUCAAGUCUAUGACCUUUGGAGGGCAGUAGUAAUGAUUGAAGUGGAUCCAAACAGCAAGUAAUAAGUUAGUAUUUAAACAGUGUCACUGUCGUGAACCUGUAACCGAACUUCCCAGUGAAUUCUUUCCCGCAAUCUGCUUUCCCGCGAUCAACCAUCAUCCACAC